AUGUUCAACGGCAAAUUCACGGAGAGCAAUGAUGCCUUGAUUCCUAUACCAGAUUUGAACCUGCCGGAAUUCGAAAAAACUCUAAGAUUUAUUUACACCGAUGAGUGUAUAAUAGCAUCAGUGGAUGAAGCAAUUUCCUUGUUUUAUGCCUCGAAAAAGUACAUGCUAGAUAAACUUGGAAAGCAAAGCAUUACAUUUAUAACUUGUUGUAUCAAUCCGGAAAAUGUUUUGAAGGCAUAUGAAUUUGCCACGUUUAACGAAGACACUGAAUUAAUGGCCUCGUGCAUAAAAUUAAUGGCAGCUCGUACAAAGGAAUAUAUCCAGACAAAAUCGUUCGUAAAUAGCGAUUUGAACUCGGUGAUUGCACUCUUCGGCCAAAAGAACUUGGCUAUUGAUUCGGAAUUAGAUCUUGUUCGAGCUUUGGAAAAAUAUGCUGCAUACAAUAAAUGUGACUUUCGAACCGAUGCUGUUGAUACUAAGAAAUCGACACAGGAUGUUGAUGUGACACCUAGCGAAAAGUUGCCUACGAUUCACGAUGCUGUUAAACACAUUCGUUGGCUAACUUUCCUGCCAUCUGAAAUUGCACCAGUGCUAUCCGAGACAAAGCUUUUGACUGAGCAGGAAAAACUGGAUAUCUUACUAAACGUUUGUUCAAAGAAUGCGAAACGUGCGAUUCCUGCAGGUUUUGAUACAGCCAGGGAGAGUAGAGACUAA